GUGACCUGCGGCGGCGGGCAGGCCCUCGGCAAGUUGCCCGACUCCCGCGCAGCUGCGAAACUUUGUAAUAUCGACAGCUCUCAGAGUCUCAGAGAGCUCCUUCAAAGUCUUUCUUCCUUUUCAACACCCAUUCAUACACUCCGCUAGAGGGGCCCUGGAGUCCCACCUCUGUACACAAACCAUGUCCUCUGCGAAACUGACAUCUCUCGCUACCUCAACACUUUCUCUCCUGCUCGAACGGCAGCGCCUCCAGGCCUCCCACCCCACUUUACAUCUGCAAACAAUAUCAACCAAUUUACAAAAGAUUAGGGAUGGGGUCAUGACCCUUCGCUCCACUUCCGAUGAUGAGGCUGCAGAAAAUCUUAGAGCACACUACGAACGGCUGUGCGGUAUGUUUGGGGAAGAAGCAGAGAAGGCUGGGCUACACACUAUACCCCCUCCGAUGCCACCGUCACCCCCACCUCUACCUGAACGCGUUCCAAGUCCUGAGACAAUCUACCAACCAUACACCGACGAUCCCUCGCCGGAUACAGAUGAAAAUGGAAUUUUGAUGCAACAGAGGCAGAUGAUGGAUGCGCAAGAUGCUCACCUUGACCACCUUUCUUCUUCAAUUGGUCGACAGCAUCACAUUUCACUCCAGAUAGGCGACGAACUCGAGGUACACACAGGACUUCUUGAUGCCCUAGACACUGAGCUCGACGGUACCGGUGCCCGCAUGUCCAAUGCGAGACGCAAGCUUGAACGUGUUGCUCAAGGCGCGAAACGAAAUGGCUCUACAGUCACAAUUGCUCUUCUCAUACUAAUACUCCUCAUCCUCAUUGUAGUGUUCAAGACCUGAUGAGGGCUAUAUUCAUGUAUCGCGCACAUCCUACCUACGGUGAGACUUAUUGAAAGGGACUUUCUAUCUGCUGGCAGUAUUAUACCUUUGUGUUAAUAUUUUUCUCAUAUCGCUCGCUCAGACCUAGUGUUGACGGACUUGUCAAGGACAAUAUUAAUGUCAAAAUGCAACUGCUCAUCAUAAGCUACAGGAUACAAUGUACGAUAGAAAACCUAUAACUCUAGGUGUUAAUGAGGGUGUCUACCAAGAUAAUCUUAUAGCAAGUAACAUUGGGCAUUCCGUGAAGACAGACCUUGCUCUGAUCCUAGAGAUUAACUCUUAGAAGAAAUGACUAUAUGUGACUCGUGUAUCAAGUUG